AUGGCGCCCUCGGCAGCUGAUCACCAGCGCCAGCGCCAAAUGCUCCUCUUCCAAAAGUUGCUGAACCAGCGCGACAGCGCGAGCCCUCUCACCCUCGUCGUGGACAGUCUCGAGCAGCCCGCCGGUCCUCUAGUCACCGAGUUUGCGCUGAGAUCCAAGAAAGCGGCCAAGGCCAAAAUCAUCUAUCUCAGCUUCUCCACGCUGAAGAAACCCGCGCACGCAGAUGUACAUCUAAGCGGGAGGGGGAAGUCCUUGGCAGCCGUGAGGACGGAACUGAUGAAGCACUUCCCUGCCGUCGACCCCAAAACCCCCAAGCAAGCCCAGAGAGCCCUUGUCAUACUUGACUCUCUAAACCCCCUCGUCGCCAGCAACCCGGACAACCUCAUCGCUUUCCUCUCCAACGCCAUCACCCCCGCCGUCUCCCUCGUCGCCAUCUACCACUCCGACGUCCCCGUCGUCCUCCCCAGAAAUUACAACGACCUCGCUCACGAGAUCGAGCGUCAAAAGGCCAGGAACCGGAGCGUCCCCGAGCCCGAGUUCGGCCUCCGCGAAGGGCGCGAGGGGGUCCUCAUCGGCCUGCAAGAAAGGAAGCCCGGGGGCCAGGGCAACGGCUUCGUCGUCCAGAUGGAGCUUAGGAGGCGGAGCGGCCGGCCCGUCACGGGCACCUUUGAAAACUACCCCGGGUUCAAGCCCCCAGAGGACGAAGGCGCCGCGGCUUCCCAGGCCAACGAGGGAGAGGAACAGCCCCAAAGUACGUUCAACCUGGGGCUCACGGAUAAGCAGCGCAGCGACAGGGAGGGAAUCGUGCUGCCGUAUUUCGAUGCCCAGACGGAUAUUGGUGGGGGAGAGGGUGGGAGGAUUCUGUACGAGAUGGGGAGAGAGGACGAUUUCGAUGACGAAGAAGACGAGAUAUAA